AAUGGAUCAAACCAAGAAGAAGAUAAAACCUAAUUAAAUUACUCUGCUCCCCCCUGAUACAAGAGUAUUUGUGACUCUAUUUAACCCUUAUGGAGAAGAAGCCCAAAAAUCCUUGGAACUCUCAGUGAACACAACCAAAGAAGAAUUGCAACAAAUUUUAUAAUCAUUGGUCAAAACUGAGGAAGAUCAAGUUUACUCCUUCUUCCACAAUAACAUUGAAUUAGUCGACACAUUAAACUAGUUAAUCGCUUCAGAUCCUGAAUACAAACUGGAAAAUACCUUUUCUCUCACAUACCAUCCCCAAUCACUCUUUAGAAUUCAGCCUAUCACACGUCAAACAGCCGCUCUAGAAGGCCAUGAACAACCUGUGCUAUGUGUUCAAUUCAGAACACAUGGAGAUGUCUUGGCAACAGGAAGCGGUGACACAACCAUAAGAUUAUGGGAUAUGCUGACAGAAACUCCAAUUGCCACACUCAAAGGUCAUAGGAAUUGGGUAUUAUGCUUAGCAUGGAGUCCUGAUUGCAAAUACAUAGCCUCUGGUAGUCAUGAUGGUUAAGUUUGCAUUUGGGAUGUUGAAACCAAUCAAUUAAAAGGGUAACCUUUAAUAGGACAUACCAAAUGGGUUACUAGUAUAGCCUGGUAACCAAUGCAUCUAGAUGAAGAAUGCACAUUGGUGGCUUCCUCAUCUAAAGAUGGUAGUGUAAGAAUCUGGAGCAGAAUUUCAUUGUCUUGUUUGAUAUCCAUCAAUGCUCAUUAAAAAGCAAUUACAAAGUAUAUUUCUUGUUAAUUCUAGAAUGCUCUGGGGUGGUUAAGGAUAUAUCUAUACUGCAUCAGAAGACACCACAAUCGGUGUAUGGAAUAAAUCAGGAAAAAGAGUCCAAGAACUCAAAGGUCAUGGCCAUUGGGUCAAUUCUAUAGCCUUGCAUACUGAUUACACAUUAAGAUGUGCUUGUUUUAGUGAAGGAAACACUGAAAUUAACAGGAAAUAGGCUAAGGGGCUUUAUGAUAAGAUGUUAAAUGGUAAAAACGAGAGACUUGUCAGUGCGAGUGAUGAUCAAACUUUGAUGCUCUGGGAGUAUACGUCAUCAAAACCAAAGGUUAGAAUGACUGGACAUCAAUAAUAAGUGAAUCACGUAUAAUUCUCACCAGAUGGAAGAUAUAUCGUCUCAGCUAGUUUUGAUAAGAGCUUGAGAAUUUGGGAUGGGUACAAUGGAAAUUGGAUUGCUACUCUGAGAGGUCAUGUAGGCUCAGUUUAUUAAGUUUCAUGGUCUAGUGAUUCUCGAUAUAUGUUGUCAGCUUCCAAGGAUUCUACCUUGAAAUUAUGGUCUUUAUAAAAAAAGAAGUUGGCCUUUGAUUUGCCAGGACAUGCUGAUGAAGUCUAUGCUGUUGAUUGGGCUCCAAUUGGAGGAGAAAAAGCUGGAAGUGGAGGCAAGGAUAGAAGGGUUAAAAUAUGGAGACAUUGA